AAAUGCCACGCAUAUAUAUAUAUAUAUAUUACCCCCGAACCCACUCGAAGGGUCAAAUUUACAGUACGCAAAAUAAAAGAGAGAAGAAACGCCAACCCUUCUUCUUCUUCCCUUACCUCUCUUUCUAGACUGACCUCUCGUUUCUUUGGAUCAAAAGGAAAAACAUCGUACUUCUUAUUCUGUCAGAGUGAAUGUCCCAUGAUGGGUGUCAAGUUUUUGAAUCUUCAGAUGCUUUCAUGGUGUUUUCAGGUGAUGGGCAGUCACCCGGCCUCUUGCUUGCAGUUGCCGCCCGAGCCCUCCCCUCUGAGAACGGUUAAGCUCAUUCAAUCAGAUGGAGUUGUCAAGGUCUACCACCAUGCGGUGAACGCAUCCGAGCUGAUGCACGAGUUCCCCAAACACCUUGUUUGCCAUUCCGACUCCUUCUGCAUCGGUCGAAAGAUCCCUGCUCUCUCUGCCGAUGAAGAGCUCCAGCUGGGCCAUAAGUACUUCCUUCUUCCCAAGCACUUCUUUCAAUCCGUCCUCUCUUUCGUCUCGUUGGCCUCCUUGGCUUCUUCUUCUUCCAGAGUCGUUAAAAACGUCGCGGGCAUUCGGCCCUUCGACAUAUCCAAGACGCCGGAGGGGUCGCUUCAGAUUAGAGUCUCCGACGAGUUCAUUGCAAAGCUCAUGGAGGAAGGAAAAGUAAAGGAAGAAGAUGAAGGCACCAACAGGAAAACGCAUCAGCAGCAACGGAAGCAAGUGCAGCCGAUCAAGGGGAAGGUGUGUACAACCGCACAGUUGCAGAAGGAUUACACGCAGCUAGUCGGUUAUAGGUCCCAACAAUGGAAACCCAAGUUAGAGACCAUCAGAGAAUCAGAAAAGAAAAGCAGUAGAUUUAGCAGGCCGUUUGGAAUCAAAAGAAGAAAGAAAGGAAGGUCAAAAGGCACACAGAAAAGCUGCCAGAAAUUUUGAAACGAGUUGGAGGUUUCCCCCCUUUUAAAGAGGCAAAAGAAGAAAAUGGACUGUAAAAUCUAAAGUAUUAGUUGGUGCAAUCAUUUUCCAUUUUCCUUUCAUCCUUGAUUUCUUACUUCAUCGGAUUGAGAACAUCAAGGGUGACUGGUCUCACUGUAAUAUUCCAUCGUGUAAAACUGGUACAGUUCUGUAGAGAGGGCUUUUCAUGGCCGUCCUGUUUUGGUUUCCCUUCUCUUUUUCUUCUUUUUCUCUCCUUCCAUGGAGGAUACCUGCACAGUCAAAGAUGAUGGAUGGA